GAUGUUGACUUCACAUCCUUACAACAAAUCUGUAGAUUCAAAAACCAUCACCAUACACUGAAAAUUUUUUGUUUUCCAUUCCCAAUUCCCAACAAUAUGUCAUGAACUCUCUCUCUCUCACACACACACACACACACUUGGAAUCUGUAUCUGUUUUUCUUCUGGUUACAUAUUCAAAUACCACUUUAUUAGUAGAUGCAGAGUAGGUGUUGUUGUGGGUUGCAUCAAAUUGGAUCAGUUAUUGUGUUAACUUUUUCGCUCCACCUUGUUUACAUAUAUAUAUAUAUAUAUAUAUAUACACACACACAGAUCAAAUAUGUCAAUCUUAGGCAGCAGCAACAACAGUGAACACAUGGGUGCACCAUUUUUUCAUCAAUUCAAGAAGCAAGCUUCCUUCUUCUUCAAAGAGAAGAUCAAGACUGCCAGAUUGGCCCUCACAGAUGUCACACCUGCUCAACUAUUGGCAGAGGAAGCUACGAAUGCAAAUCCAUGGGCUCCUGAUACACGGACCCUGAAGAUGAUAUCGAAAGCCGCUUUCGAGGUCGAUGAUUAUUGGAGAAUUGUGGAGAUUCUACACAAUAGGCUGGUGAGGUUUGACAGAGAGAACUGGAGGUUAUCAUACAAGGCUCUUAUAGUACUUGAACACUUGUUGACCCAUGGACCAGAGAGUGUUGCAGAGGAGUUCCAAAGUGACAAAGAUGUUAUUAGGGAGAUGGGAAGCUUUCAACACCUUGAUGAGAAAGGAUUCAAUUGGGGGCUUAAUGUUAGAAACAAAUCUGAGAGGAUACUGAAGCUGCUUGAAAGAGGGUCUCUUCUGAAAGAAGAGAGAGAUCGAGCUCGGAAGCUGACCAGAGGAAUUGAAGGAUUUGGGAGCUUCUGUCAGAGGACUUCUUCAGCACAAGUUCUGCAAGAAUCCUCUAUAGGAACAUAUGGAAGUUGUGAUUCUCAAUUUAGUGACAAUGGAAAUCAAGAUCAGUUUUCAUCCUUGAAUUAUGAAGAUCUGACCAAAAAGGGGUUCGAAAAAUCACAUCAGACCGAUGAAGAAAAUGACAAUUUGGCGUCCAGCAAGAAAAUGGAGAAUUCAAAUUCAAGAAAUGGUUCUAGUGACGGUGAGAUACUUGGAAAGUUUUGUGCUAAAACCAGUUUUAAAGAAAACAUGGUUCCCGGGAAGGUUAUGGCCGGAGACUUGCCUGAAAACUGCAUGGGCGAGUUGAAGCCUCUUUUGGUUGCUCAGAAAGAUGAUCCCUGCACUGGUAUUUCAGUAGAUCACCCCUUCAGUGGCACUGAGAAUCUAAGUAGAGUCUCACUGCUUUCUGAGGUGGAUCAACUCUUGCAAGCAUGUUGAGACAUUUGUUCUAGUAGAAUGACUAAUUCUAAGGGUUGGUUGAUCUUCAGCCAAAAAUGUAAUUGGCUAAACAUCAGAAAAGCAAAAUUGAACACCCUCGAGAGCAUUGUAUUGGUUUUCUAUUUAACAGAUUGUCCAUUUUUCUUUUCCCUGGUAAACAAAA